AUGGCCGCCGAAGCCCCCCCCAGCCCGUGCAACCCGCCGCCCAACCUGCCCCCCUCGCCGGGCUACAGCUCCUUCGACGACCUAUACAACGCCGUCCAAGCCUUCGGCCGCAAAAACGGCAUAGCCUUCACCAAGGGCUCCAUCUCCAACAACCGCGAGAUCAACGGCGUCGUCCAGCCAACCUGGGGCAUCCUCGACUGCGACCGCGGCGGCCGCCAGAAGCCCCCCCGCGGCGCCGGCAUCCGGCGCACGAGCUCGAGAAAGACCGGCUGCACGUACCGCCUCAAGGUGUCGUCGUCGAGCAGCUCCGGCCGCUGGGAGUGGCACUACCAGGAGCUGGGCUCCCACAACCACGACCGGUCCAGCGACCCCUCCAGGCACGCGAUCCAUCGGAGGUUCACCGAGUCCCAGAAGCGCCGCAUCAUGAGCCUGACCAGGCACACGAGCCUCCGGCCGCGUAGCAUCAGCACCGUGAUGCGCGAGGAGGAAGAUGAGGAGCUGUACUUUCGGCAAAAGGACAUUUAUAAUCAGCGCCAACGGGCUCGUCAGUUUCAGCCCUGCCCGGCGCGGCGUUGUUGA